UUUUUCUGCUUGUUCCACUUUCGUUUUCUGAACGCAAUGAAGACAAAGCGGAAGAACAGGCUUUCCUUAAAAUAGAUCCUGCAGGGAAGCAGAUCCACCUGCCACCGGGGAUUCCCGAUUCCCUCCAACCAGGCCAGCAGAAGCAUCUUCAAUUGUAGGAGCCCAACAUGGCCCUGGAAGAGGACACCAUAGAGCUAGCAGCCCUGGGCCGCCCCUUCCAGCUGGGGACGUUGUACGACUGCCGCAAGGAUGCCCUCAUUCCAGGCAUCACCCUUUGGGAUUACGACUCUCUUCAGAAGGACCUGACCAUCAAGCCUCAGCCCAAGACAGCAACUGCAAUCAUUGAAUCCGACAGCAUAGGUGACAAGGCGUCUGCCCUGGACAUCUCAGCCUCCCUCAAGGCCAGUUUCUUGGCGGGGCUGAUUGAAGUGGGAGGGUCAGCAGAGUAUCUUCAUGACACCAAGAAGUCCAAGAAACAGGCCAGAGUCACCCUUCAGUACAAAACCACCACCAAGUAUGAACAACUGACAAUGAGCCAUCUAGGAAUCCAGAAUGUCUCUCACCCAGCAGUCUUUGAGCAGGGCACAGCCACCCACGUGGUCACCGCCAUCCUCUAUGGAGCCCAGGCUUUCUUUGUCUUUGACCGAGAAGUUUCUUCAACAGAGAUGGUAAAAAAUAUAGAGGGAAAUUUGCUUGCAACAAUCAAGAAGGAAAUAUCUAUCACAGGACAAGCAGAUUUGAAGCUAAAUGAAGAGGAGAAAGAGAAUGCUCUGAAGUUCAGGUGCAAGUUCCAUGGAGACUUUUCUUUGGAGAGAAAUCCAGUGACCUUCCAAGAUGCCAUGAAAGUUUAUACAACUCUACCAAAAAAGUUAGGUAAAGAUGGGGAGAAGGCUGUGCCUAUGAGGGUUUGGCUCUACCCUCUGACCAAACUAGACCUCAGAGCAGUUAAGAUGGUCUGUGAGAUCAGCCUAACUUUGAUCUUUGAUGCUGAAAAGAUCUUGGAGGAACUCAAUGAAAUUGAGAUGCAAAUCAAUGAUCUAGCCAACGAUCCGAUUGCCGAGACCUUCCCUGAGAUCAAGAGGAAAAUCCAGCAGUUUAAGGAUCUGUGCAAGCAACACAGGCAGACUUUCCAGAAACAGCUGGCCAGAAUGUUGCCUUCCAUCCGGGGAGGAGGGCAGGAGGAAGGAACCCUGGCGGACCUGUUGACGUCCAUCAACCAGUCGCCCUUCAAUAGCCAAAGACUCCGUGAAUUUCUGGACACCAAGAAAAGAGAAAUUAACUUUGUGAAAUCUUAUCUGACCAUUCUAAGUAAAAUACAAGUUAUCUCGUCUCAAAACAAGCUGGAAGAAAUAGUUCUGGACCCUCAAAAUGUAUACGUGGUCGCCUUUAUAUUCACUUCUUUACAUGAAGAGGAGCCAUUUCUGUUGAGUUUACAGGACCGGCUUCAGGAGCAAUUCUUGCAAGAAUCAGUGAAGUCCACAAGGUUCCAUCCUGAGGUGAAGAAAGGCCUGGCCUGGUUUGAGUACAAGGAGACAACCCACAAUGCGCGACAGGCUGCCAAAUCCAUCAAAGACUUUUUCAGCGUCAAUCAAUCCAAUGAGAAGAUCCGCUUUGUUGUGGCCUCACUCCCAGAUGCGGACAUCCCAGGAGCCUCAAUAUACCUUUAUGAAGAUGGAGAACUGGUCAGCAAGAACUUUGAGUUGCCCUCAAAACCUCUCCCUCUCCUGAUCAGUAAACUGAGACACGACAGCAUUCAGCUGAAGUUUCAACCAGCUGAAUAUGGAAAGGCUGCAAUCUCCAACUAUCUGGUAGAGUACAAGGUUGCAGGGGAAGAAAAAUGGAAGACUGUGAGGACAAAGGACGCUGGGGAGACGUUCCUGCUGAAAGAUCUGAAUCCAAACAUAGCCUAUCUAUUCUAUUAUGUUGCUUGUUACAAGCCAGGCCUUAAUAAAUCCAGUGACCUGAGCCCACCGAUAAAGACCCUUCCCACCAGCCCUCCUGAGAAAUUAAGAAUGGUCACUGCAGCAUCUUCUGUCAUCUCUGUGGCCUGGAUGAGUCCCAGCAUCGUUGCCUCAGGAGUUGUGGUCAAGGAGUACAAGGUGGAGUACAGAACGGUGGAGGCUGGAGCUGGGAAGGACCAAUGGACUGAAAAAAGGACUGGGAGGAAAAUAGAGUUUUAUCCCAUUGAAGGUCUGAAACCUCAGACAACGUAUAAAAUACGAGUGUCAGCCGUGUGUGAUAAUGGAGUUCUGAGUGUUCCCAGCAAGGCGGUGAAGAUCUCCACAUCACCGGAGGAAGAAAGUGUAGGCAACAUAGCCACCCAGUUCCUUCAGAAAAGCUCCUUGGUGGAGGACAGACAGCCAUUAGUGUUUGCCCUUCCUGUUGAGAAGGUCUCCUCAGAUGCCUCCAUAUCAUAUCUCAUGUACCAGCUUGGAAAGGAGAACCUGGAAGUGCCCAACAAAGUGAUCCUGGUGAUGGGAGCAACAGGAUGUGGGAAAACCACUCUGAUCAAUGGGAUGAUCAAUUAUAUCCUGGGUGUCCAGUGGGAAGAUAAUUUCAGAUUCAAACUCAUUCAUGAAACCUCCCAGAGAAGAGAAGCUGGAAGCAGGACGUCUGAAGUCAGAGCCUACGUGGUGAACCAUCAGAAGGGCUUCCGAAUUCCCUAUUCUCUCACCAUCAUUGACACGCCAGGAUUUGGAGGCACAAGAGAUGCAGAGCAAGACAAACUGGUUGAGGAGCAGCUCCUGGAGUUUUUUUCCACCCCAGGGGGCAUUGACCAUGUGGAUGCCAUCUGCUUGGUGGCCCAGGCCUUCCUUGCCCAUUCAACUCACAUCCAAAAACAUGUCUUUGAUUCCAUGCUCUCCAUGUUGGGAAAAGACCUGAAGGAAAACAUCCAACUCCUCAUCACCUUUGCGGAUGGGGGGACCCCACCUGUCCUGGAGGCCCUCAAGAAGGCUGACUUGCCACAUGCUAAGAAUGAGUCAGGAAUCUGUGCGCACUUCAGAUUCAACCAUUCAGCCCUCUUUGCUAACCAAGAAAACAGAGGAAGCCACAAUACUGUUUCUGGAAUGUUCUGGAAAAUGAGCACUGAGAGCAUGAAGAAUUUCAUCGACUCAUUAAAGAUGCUGGAAACCAAAAGUUUAACCUUGACCAUGGAGGUCCUCAAGGAACGUCAGGAGCUGGAAGCUGCUCUUAGAAGACCUCCCCCUCCUAAGGUUGAACAGGUGCAUCCAAAUUGUUUCCAGAUCAGUAUUGAUCCAGUAGCCAUCGGGAAGAUUUCUGUUUCCAGGUAUCAGGUGGAAUAUCGGAUUGCAGGAGAUAAUUGGAAAAAUCUCAAUGCAAAAGACUCUCAGGAUCAAUUCACCCUGGAAGAUGUCCACCCAAAUCUUCAGUACCAGUUCCGAUAUGCAGCUGUGACUCCAGGAGGGCUUGGUCAAUGGAGCGAAGCGAUCACUUGCAUCUGUCCCACAAGAAGGCCUGCUGAGGAAUCCCAGGUUUUGUAUUGUGCAACGUGUCUGGAAAUGGCUGGAGGCAUCCAAGGGCCUGAACGGAGGAUCGUCCUAGUGGGCAAAACUGGAAAUGGGAAAAGUGCGACAGGAAACACAAUCCUAGGAAGCAAAGUCUUUGAGUUUGGGCGGUCACUUCGGUCAGUAACAGAAGCAUGCCAAAAGGAAGAGGCGCAGCUGAACGGCAGGAAGGUUGUGGUUGUUGAUACACCUAGCUUUUUCCACACCAGCCGUUCAAACACAGAUAUUACUGCAGAAGUGAGCAAGUGCAUAAAAUUUUGCACCCCAGGUCCUCACGUCAUUCUGCAGGUGAUGCGUCUUGGCCGUUUCACCCAGAAUGAGAAGGACACGGCUCAGCUGAUCAAAGAGAGUAUUGGCCUUAAAGCCAAGAAUUACAUCAUCUUCUUGUUCACCCGCAAAGAUUACCUGGAAGGUGACUCACUUGAAAACUUCAUAUCUGUCCAAGAUGAAAACCUGAAGGAAUAUAUGGCUGAAUGUGGGAACCGAUACCUGGCUUUCAACAAUGAGGCCAAAGGAGCAGAACAAAAGGCUCAGGUGGCCAAACUGAUGGCCAUGAUUGAUGAUCUGGUGCACAUGAACAAAUAUGCUCCUUGUUACACAGAAGACAUGAUGAACUUCAAUGAAACCCAUAACUUAUGAUUGUUUCCCUUUCCAUCAAAGAACAGAAAGUCUCUCUACUUAGGUUUUUUUUUGUUUCAUUUUUUUUGUUUCAUUUUUGUUUCAAAUGAUACCGGUACUUAAGAAUGAUAUCAAAUUUCAGGAAUGGCAAAAGGGGGUUAAUAACUUUGUAUGGAUGGGCAAAAAACCAAGAAUAAAAUUAAAAAUAAUGCAGGAUACAAGGGAAAGGGGGGGUCUUAAAAUGCCUAAUUUAAAAUUGUAUUAUGAAGCAGUUGUCUUAUCAUUAAUUACUGAUUGGAUUAAUUUAACUGAGGAAAGAGUUUUGAAUAUAGAAGGUUAUGGUUUGUUAUAUGGGUGGCAUGCCUAUUUAUUAUAUGAUAAGAAAGUAGAUAAAAUAUUUAAAAAUAAUAUAAUUAGAAAUGCAUUAUUGAGGGUGUGGAGGAAAUAUCAAUAUAAAUUAGAUGGAAAGAUUCCAAUAUGGGCAAUCCCGAGACACAUGAUAGAAAAUAUAUAUAUCAAAAGAUGGAGGUAGUUACCUAUAAAGAACUUCUUUGUAUGGAAAAGGGGGAAUUACAAUUAAAAUCCAGAGAAAAGAUGGGGGAAGAAGGGAAAAAUUAUACGGUUCCAAUAUGGACAAUUACAAGCUAGAUGGAAAUUAGAUCAAAAAAUAGGUGUUAAGCAAACUGAGGAUAAUUUGUUAAAACAAAUGAGAGAUCAAGGCCAACAGCAUAUUAAGAGGUUGUAUAAUGUAUUAGUAGAAAUAGACUCAGAGACUGAAUUGGUUAAGGAUUGUAUGAUUAAGUGGGCACAAAAUUUUCAGCAACCAGUAAUGUUGGAAACUUGGGAAAGAAUUUGGGUGAGGAAUGUUAAAUUUACACAAGCGCAAAAUAUGAGAGAGAAUUUUUAUAAGAUGUUUUAUAGAUGGCAUUUAGACCCCAAAAAGUUGUCAUGUAUGUAUCCUAAUGUACAGGCUAAAUGGAGAUGCGAUUGUGAAGAUGCCACUUAUUACCAUAUAUGGUGGACUUGUAAAAAAGUUAAAGCAUUUGGAUUAAAGUAUGGUGGAUCAUGCAGAAUAUUUUGAAAAAGAAGAUUAAGUUUACUCCGCAGUUCUUUCUACUAGGAAUAAUUAUGGAUUGUACAGCUAUAGAGACUAAAUUGAUUUUGAACUUAAUAACAGUCGCAAGACUUUUGAUUGCUCAAUAUUGGAAGAAAGAAGAAUUACCUACAAUUGAAGAAUGGACACUCAAAGUAUCAAAUCUGGCAGAAAUGGCAAAAAAUUCUGCUUACUUGAAAGACUAUACAGAGGAAAAAUAUAUUUUAGAAUGGAAAAUGUGGAUUGAUUAUAUUCAAAAUAAGUAUCAAAUAAAAAAAUAUCGAAUAGCAUAUGAGUAAAUUUAGGAAAUAUUUUGUAUUAGAUAUAUUUCUGAAGGAGAGGGGAAUUGAGAGUGUGAUUAUGUGUGGAGUGACUAGAGAUUAUAAUUUAGGAAUUAUUUUGGAUUAUGAUUGUUAGUUUUGA